AAAAGAGUAUUCAGAAGGAAGAUAGGGUUGCGGUGUCCGAUAGUGGUGGCCAAUUUAGCAUAGCGUGCUGCGCGUGAUCACUGAAGUGACGAACUAGCACAACUAGCUAUCAACAUAUCUUCUGAUAAGGUUGGAUGACAUCGGCGAGCGAACUUUUAGAAAGACCUGGUUCGUUUUUGUUCCCUGCAAACGCACUCAACGAGGCCAAUAUUUCGUUGUUUUGGACCAGGGAGAGAGUGGCUCAAAGAGUGGAACUCGUGAUUAACUUUCAUCGCUCAUUUCGACAAUUUCUGUCUGACUGACUCAAACCUUGCCCGAUCUCGUUUCCUGACAGAACAUUGUUCGACUUAUUUUUCAGCGCCAGCCAAAACUUGAAUCUGUCUGUGGCUUGGUUUACAUGUUGUUAACAAUUGUCUUGGAGGAAAGUCAUUAAGCAUCCAUUGCUGUUGAAAGUGUUAGCCAGAGAGGCUAAAAGCUAGCCUCUACCUGAACCACAUCAGCUGACAUUUUCGGAACAGCAUCAGGAGAGAUAGCAACUGCCUUGCUUUGUCUUGUGGCACAUUUAAAGUUUUCUCAAACCCGUUGAUACUUCGUCGCAGAGACAAACACUUGACUUAAAAUAACCGCUGGCAAAACAGUUUGAGAAAGCUGGUGUGCGGACGAAGAGCAGGUUGUGUACAGCCACGGAUCACCCAUUGGAUUGUUUUAAUAUCAGUGAUUAUUAUUAUUGAACAUGACGGCUAUCGGAAUGGUGCAAAUGCUGAUCGAAGCAGCCGAGUAUCUCGAUCGCAGGGAACGAGAAGCUGAGCAUGGCUAUGCUUCCAUGCCACCAUUCAUCAGCAGUCGAGAGAGGGAAAGUUUGAAAAGGAAAAGCAAAAGCAAGAAAAACCUAAGUAGCAGGUCUACUCACAAUGAAAUGGAGAAGAACAGACGGGCACACCUACGACUGUGUUUAGAGCGACUGAAAUCUCUGGUUCCUUUGGGUCCAGAUGCCAACAGGCACACUACCCUGAGCCUCCUGAUGAAGGCCAAAGAUCACAUCAAGAGGUUGGAGGAGAGUGACAGAAGAGCCCAGCACACCUUAGAACAAUUACAGAGAGAGCAGAGGCAUCUGAGAAGGCGUCUGGAGCAGCUCGGUGUGGAGAGAAUCCGCAUGGACAGCACUGGCUCUGCCGUGUCCUCUGACAAAUCCGACUCUGACCAAGAGGACCUGGAUGUGGAUGUGGAGGGAACGGAUUACUUGCUGGGUGAUCUAGAGUGGAGCACCAGCAGCGUGAGUGACUCAGGGGACGAACGGGGAAGUCUUCGGAGCAGCUGCAGUGAUGAGGGCUACGCCAGUGCCAGCUUGCGUCGCCUGCAGGACACUCAGGAGAGGGCCAAGCAGCCGUCCUGCAGCCUAUAAACAUCACUGGUCACUGGUUCAUCUCCCUCCUCCACUGAUCCCGUUCCAAGAAUGUGUCGCCACACCCUGGUCGUAUGCCCAUCUCAGCAACCCCCCACUCCUGUCUCCCCACUAGGACAAACCCAAUUGUGAGGUCUGUCAUCCACCCAGGCGUCUGCAGAUCUUGUACAACAUAGUGACUUCUCAUCAUAACCGAGAGGCUUGGAGAAACCCGCCCACAGCCAGCUCAUCAUUAUCUCACGGUCAUUAGGUGCAAUACACACCAGUCAAAUGAAUCGGUUCUCCCUUACUUGUCCCUCCGUCCAUCACAAAUGCAACUUUCAGCCAGAGAAUGUUACCCUACAAUAUCCCACUGCCUCUUUUUUUUGUCUCAAGAGGUAUGGGAAGCACUUAUGAGAGUUCACAGACAGGCAGACACGCUCACACACAAACACGCACGUUCCAUCAUUGCUUCUUGAUGCCCAGUAAGACGGUGCUCCAACAAGGUGCGCCACACAAUCGGGCCUUUUUAUCUGCCCAGCUCACCGCAGUCAGUCAUCCGAUUUUUCUAAACAUAAACACGUCAACCUUUUCCACACAUUGGUUAAAAAAAAUAGAACUCCUUUUCCCUUUCGUACGUCAGAAGUCAUCUAAAAGGUGUUUUACAAACUUUUCAAAGGGCAGACAAUGGAACAGCAAUAUGAGUGUUACUAGCAAGGCAUUUUCACCCUGGCCUAUUUGGUCCCCACCUGGACAGAGGAGGGUUUGGGAUCGAUGCUUUCUGCCGCUCUCUGACGACUGUGGGGUUUUUUCAUAUAUACGUGUGUAUGUCGAUAUGUCCUUGAAUCUGGCAAUGACAGUGGUCUCCUGUCAGUUUCUAUCAACAGCCCCUUGGCCUGUUUAUGGAAAGAUUUGGCAAGUGCCGGUGCACUAUUAUCCACUAUUUCUUGACCAGGUGUUACCUGGGAUGGAAUAGAUCAGGGGUUGGAAACUCCGGCUCCUCGAGAGCCACAUCGUGCCUGUUUUAGAGCUCUCCCAAUUCCAACACACUUGAUUCAAUUGAUCAUCAUUUCAGGCUUCUACAUAGCUGAUGAGCUGGUCGUUUGAAUCAAUUGUGCAGGAGUAGGGAGGGAUCUAAAGCAGGCAGGAUAUGGCACUCGAGGAACCGGAGUUCCCUACCACUGGAAUAGAUAGUCUACCUACUGAAGGCUGAAGAACAUUCCACUACAUAGAGAGAUUGGCAAGUGGAAGCAAAGCGCAUUCAUUUUCUUUUGUUAAAUUUUCCUGCCAGGCUUUCGAAAAGGAAAGUCACCCUAAAAUACAACGUCUGCUUUACGUUUUGCGGUGAAAGAAGCAGCCAACAGAGGACUUAUUUCUGUGAUCAUGUCUAAAAGACCCUCUUGACAGCUAUUUAUUGUUUUGGAAGAAAUGUAAACCUAACUGUAAUGUAAAUAGUUUACAGAUGUCUAUCAGAAGUAUUUAUUAGAUCUGUUAAAGCUAGAGAUGAAUAUAAAUAUAUAUUUAAUUAGUUCUACAUAGCCUUUGUUCUUCUCGUGAGGUUUUCUUGAGAGUUUCACAUGUGUAGUUUGGUCGCAAAGCCUCGUCAAUCCAUAGAAUAUUUAGAAAUGUCUCUUGUGCCUCAAGGCUUUGUGUCUGUUGGGAAGUUUGGCACCGGUCUCUUAGAAGAUGAAAUGGUAGCCCGUGGUUGGUGGUGCUUCGCUGUUCUCCAAUACAAGAUGGAAAAAGUCAAUAGAACAAUUAUAAAACAGAAAAGGUGGUGGUGGCGGCGUUGUCGGCAAUAGUAGUCGUGUGGCCUUCCUCAAGGUACAAAAAAAAGUCCUAUGAUAUUUCAUCUCUUUGUUUGGUCAGGAAGACACGUGCAUGGUGAGGAUUGCAGUUUGUUUUGAAUGUAGAUGUCCUUCAUCCUGCAGCCAGCGUGUCCGCUUGGUGCCAAAGGCAACCCCCCCCCCUCCCCCAUACUCAAUGAUAGCCAGCUCUUGCGAAUCUCAAGCAUGAAAAUGUUACACAAAAAUGAUUCUAUAGUGGGGGAAUAAAAUCACAAAAAUAGAUAUUCGUUUUCUGACUGUGGAAUGCUUUUUUCCCUCUUCAACCAGAGAACUGUGUAGCAACGUGAUGAAGAGGAUGUGGAAGGAAAUGUGUUCAAAAGUAGGAAUUCACUGAUGCUUGCAUGUAUUUGUGUCUCUCGACCCUGGACAAUUGAUUGUGUGCAUCUCGAUAAAGUCAAGACAAAGCCCUCCAAAUCUGGACUUGGAAUGGUUAUCGCAAAGACUUUAUUUCAUGUGAAAUUUAGUUAUCCAGACCUUGGUCACAAAAGAGUCUCAAAAGGCUCAAAACUACAGCCCAUAAACAGGCCUUGACAGGACUGUAGUUACAGUACGGUGAUGUCAGGACAUAAAAGUUAUUGAGAUGAAAGUAAUCAAUUAGCUAAGUAUCUUACUUUUUCACUGUCUUCAGAGCGAGUUAUUGAGGGGGAAAGAGUAGCGGCAGUUUUAAGCGCCAGACAAACAAUUGUCUUUUUUCGUUGUAUAAUGCAAAAAAGGAAAAGGUGUCUGCUUGAAGAAAGAUUCACAUGCUAACCUUAGCAUUUAAGUUCUCCGUUUCAUCAGCCACUGCCUCGUCUUCCGCCGAUCUGCCCGUUUGAGUCUGACACCCCUCCCCCCCCCCCCCCCGCCCCCCCAUACACUCCCACAUCCUACACUUGCGUGUGUGGUUCAGAUAUGUGGUGAAUGGAGAAUUUCAGGCUCUGGUGCUUUCAACAUCUGCGUCAAGAGACAGCUGUUGAGUCUCAAGAACACAACCAGUUAUUUAAGCUACAGGUUUAAGCAUUGAUGGAUCUUGUGUUCAUGUUUGUAAGUUAUUUGAUUUGUGCAUACUAUGUGGCUGGUAUCGCCUUAAACUGACCCGAAAAUGUAAAAAAAAAAAAAAAAAAAAAAAACCCUCAACAAAAAUGUACUACAUGUUUGAAUAUGAUCUGUUGAAAUGUAAGCCGAAUUCUUUUGAGGUGUGCUGUCAUGCAUUAACACAACACAGACACACACAUAAACAACAUUGUUCCAUUGUUCCGCCAUAAAUAUCACUGUCACCUGAUGAUGCCUUUCUUCGAAGGCGGCUCAUUUCUUCUGUAUGUUCCAAAUCGGCCUAAAAGUGGCCAUUUCGUGCACUUCAUUUUUAAGAAUUGAACAAGUGAAACAACAUAAGAUGUGCGGCAGCAAUUUGUAUUUGCCAGUGCAAGUAAUAAAUAAUUUUGAAAGCC